GGCUCCGCCCCCCAGGGAGGUUCUUGGCAGCGACGGGGGGAGGCGGCGGUGGCGGCGGCACAGCCCGUUUGUGAUUGUCCCUGCUCGCGGCGGCAGCAGCGGCGGCUCGUGCUCGGCGAGAUGGAACGUGCAGCGGCAGGCGCAGAGUUCAACAUCCUGCUUGCCACCGACUCCUACAAGGUUACACAUUAUAAGCAAUAUCCACCUAAUACAAGCAAAGUUUAUUCCUACUUUGAAUGUCGUGAAAAGAAGACUGAGAACUCCAGAUUAAAGAAGGUGAAAUAUGAGGAAACCGUUUUUUACGGGUUGCAGUACAUUCUAAAUAAGUACUUAAAAGGCAAAGUGAUAACCAAAGAGAAAAUCCAGGAAGCCAAAGAGGUGUACAGGGAGCAUUUUCAAGAUGAUGUCUUCAAUGAAAAGGGAUGGAACUAUAUUCUUGAGAAGUAUGAAGGGCAUCUUCCGAUAGAAGUAAAGGCUGUUCCUGAAGGCUCAGUCAUUCCCAGAGGAAAUGUACUCUUCACAGUAGAAAACAUGGAUCCAGAGUGCUACUGGCUCACUAACUGGGUUGAGACUAUUCUUGUUCAGUCAUGGUAUCCAAUCACAGUGGCCACAAAUUCCAGGGAGCAGAAGAAAAUUUUGGCAAAGUAUUUGCUAGAGACAUCUGGCAGCUUAGAAGGACUGGAGUAUAAAUUGCAUGACUUUGGCUACAGAGGAGUUUCUUCACAAGAGACAGCAGGAAUAGGAGCAUCUGCUCAUUUGGUAAACUUUAAAGGAACUGACACAGUAGCAGGAAUUGCUUUAAUUAAAAAGUACUAUGGAACGAAAGAUCCUGUUCCAGGAUAUUCUAUUCCAGCUGCUGAACACAGUACCAUAACCGCUUGGGGGAAAGACCAUGAGAAAGAUGCUUUUGAACACAUAGUGACGCAGUUUUCUUCAGUGCCUGUAUCUGUGGUCAGUGACAGCUAUGACAUCUACAAUGCUUGUGAGAAAAUAUGGGGUGAGGACUUGAGGCAUUUAAUUGUAUCCAGAAGUCCAAAGGCACCGCUGAUUAUUAGACCAGAUUCUGGAAAUCCUCUUGACACUGUGUUAAAGGUUUUGGAGAUUUUAGGAAAGAAGUUUCCUGUUGUAGAAAAUGCAAAAGGCUACAAGGUGUUGCCCCCUUAUAUCAGAGUUAUUCAGGGGGAUGGUGUGGAUAUCAACACGCUGCAAGAGGAGAUACUGGUAGCACAGAUUGUGGAGGGAAUGAAGAAGAAUAAAUGGAGUAUUGAAAAUGUUUCCUUUGGAUCUGGUGGAGCUUUGCUGCAGAAAUUAACUAGGGAUCUCUUGAAUUGUUCCUUCAAAUGCAGUUAUGUGGUGACCAAUGGCCUUGGGGUGAAUGUCUUUAAGGAUCCAGUAGCAGAUCCUAACAAAAGGUCAAAGAAAGGUCGACUCUCUUUACAUAGGACACCCAAUGGAGAUUUUGUUACAUUAGAGGAAGGCAAGGGGGAUCUUGAAGAAUAUGGUCAUGAUCUCCUUCAUACGGUCUUCAAGAACGGAAAGGUAAUGAAGUCUUACUCGUUUGAUGAAGUAAGGAAAAAUGCCAGACUGAAGGACAGUGAACUAGAAGUGGGACCUCAUUAAGUUUAAUUCCAUGUCUCUCUGUGUAAUGAGUAUGUACUGCAUAGCUAACAAGUUUAUUGUACAGAUCUGUGUGUUUGUGUUUUAUGAUACAUUAUAGCCAAAUUAUUUGUUGGUUUAUGGACAUACUGCCUUUUUUCUUUCCUUUUUUGCACCAGUCUUUAGAAAAGAUGAAAUUAGGAAAUGGUACUUACAAUGUAAAAUCUGUUUAAUGCUAAAGUGUGCUUUUUAGGGCCCUUCGCCAGUAGUGAUUCAAUCUGGUAUUGAUCUUUUCACAAAUGAGACAGAGCAGAGAAACAUUUUUAUAUGGAACAGAAUAUCACAAAAUGGAUUUACAUAAAAUUAUCAUGCUUACUUUGUUUAUAUUUAACUUGUAUUUUUGUACAAACAAGAUUGUGUAAAAUAUAUUUAAAGUUUCAAUAAUUAAGUCUUUCCAACUUUUCAUGAUUUUUAUGAGCACAGACUUUCAAGAAAAUAUUUUGGAGGAAAAAUCAUUGCCUUUUGUCCAUUAAUCAGCAAAUAAAAAUGGCCUUAAAGUUUCUUGUGAUGUUGUACCAUUUGAAGGUUAAAUCAGGAUUUGUACCUACUUAAGACCCAUAGAAUUGCUGACCUCACUGUUCCUUAUAGUUAUCUGUAGUAGUCAUUCUACAUUAAAGAAAAUUACUGUUCUUGCUGGAAUCUUUAGGUACUAUAAGCGUAUAGGCCUUGCGAGCAGUGUAUGGUAUGUAAAUGGAAUGCCAAAUUUGAAAGAAUUCUCUACUGCAACUUCUCUCUUGUCAAGUAUAGUCCACUUGGCAUAUGCACCUCAAUAUUUUAAGAGUAAAGUUUUUAAGAGAUAUCCUCUUCCACUACAGAAUAUACGUGUAAAAUACUGAUAAAUAUGGAAGCGGUGUAUUUUAAAGUAAUUAUACUUCUGGGUUUAUUUUUCAUAUAUUGUAAGUGACAUGACUUUAAAGUGAAAUACUGGACUGGGUAGUGCACUUUUUUACUUUUUGUAUUUUUUUUCAUUGAUUUGCCUUUUAUCAGACUGGAUGUUAAAUUGUAUAAAUAUGUUUAACUAUUUUUUGUUAAACAACUUUAAUAAAAUAUUACGCUAGACAAACUCCUUUUACAUGAAUCCCCCCAGGGGGGACAUGAUACAGAGGGAUAAUUAUGAAAACAAAAGAUAUGAAAGGUACUUUUUAGUCAGCUGUGCUUGAUUUUAUUCACUCUCUGCAUAUGCUUGCUUGAACACCUGCAGGAGGACAAAACUGUCAAUGAUUUUGUUUGACAAACCAUAGCAAGUUUUCAGAUGUUUGUACUGUAGGGUAGCUCUUACGAAAAAACGAAUCCCUCCUUUUUUUAGAAAAGCAAUGGUUUCUGUAACGUUAUCCAUGCUAAAGAGUAACUAAGUCACUGAUCAUUGUACAGGUGUUGUAUUUGGUUCUGGCUCUAAUGUAUUAGCAAUUGAUGUUAUAGGGCAAAUGGUUUAGAAGAGAUCAAACAAUUUAGACCAACCACAGAUAAUACAAAACAUACUUUUAUUUGAAGGAAGCUUAAAAAGCCAUACUUUAUUCUUACUGUCACACCAAAAAGGGCCACAUCAAAGAACUUGUAAUGUUUCCGGGAUGUUUCCGGGAUAUGAAGUUAAAACACUUAAGCCCAGUCGCAAUAGUUUGUUUUAUUUGUUUAAAAAAUGUUUUCACUCUUACUGUAUGUGAUUAUACACUUCAGUGAUGUAUCGUUUCAAAAAGUAGAGUUUUAAAGUAAGAUGAUAAACACUGACCUUUCACACCCUGGAUCUGCAUUCUAUUGCUGUUACCCAUAUUCAUAUUUGGUCAGGAAAGAUUUUAACUCCAGAGAUAGCAUUAGUAACAGUUAAAUAGAAUAGAGACUUUCACUCCUCCAUAUGAUCUGUAUUAGAGAAUUUUAUGAUGUAUGGUAUUUAAAAAAAAAACCUGCUUUCAUCCUGUACCAAUAAAGAUUUUGAUAACUAUUGACUACC